CUGGAUAGAGGAUGGACCGGAGUGUGGAGAGACUUUAGACCCCCCCCCCCCAUUAGGCUUUGAAGUAGUCCAGAUGCAUUGGCCUACGGGGAAUAGCAUGAGAAACCGAAGAAAUGGCACCAUGGAGAGCGUGCGAACGCUCUACUCCAGCAUGUCACGAAGCACAGACCUGUCCUACACUGAGAAUGAUUUGCUGAAUUUUAUUCAGGAAAAUUUUAAGAAAAGAGAGUGUGUCUUCUUUACAAAAGAUCCCAAGGCCACAGACAACAUGUGUAAAUGUGGCUAUGCUCAAAACCAGCACAUAGAAGGCACUCAGAUCAAUCAAAUUGAGAAAUGGAAUUAUAAGAAACAUACCAAAGAAUUUCCUACUGAUGCCUUUGGGGACAUUCAAUUUGAAACAUUAGGGAAGAAAGGAAAGUACAUCCGUUUAUCAUGCGACACAGACCCAGAAAUCCUCUAUGAGCUGAUGACCCAGCACUGGCACCUGAAAACCCCCAACCUGGUCAUAUCCGUCACUGGAGGAGCCAAAAACUUUGCCCUCAAGCCACGCAUGCGCAAGAUCUUCAGCCGCCUGAUCUACAUAGCACAAUCCAAAGGGGCAUGGAUUCUCACUGGAGGCACUCACUAUGGCCUGAUGAAGUAUAUUGGUGAGGUGGUGAGAGACAACACCAUCAGCCGGAAUUCAGAGGAGAACAUUGUAGCCAUCGGCAUAGCAGCUUGGGGAAUGGUCUCUAAUCGGGAUGCUCUGAUCAGACACAGUGAUGCUGAGGGACAUUUCUCAGCUCAGUAUAUCAUGGAUGACUUCAAGAGAGACCCGUUGUAUAUCUUGGACAACAACCACACCCAUCUCUUACUGGUUGAUAAUGGCUGCCACGGAUACCCAUCAGUUGAAGCAAAGCUUCGGAAUCAGCUGGAGAAAUACAUUUCAGAACGUGCAAUCCAAGAUUCCAAUUAUGGUGGAAAGAUCCCCAUUGUUUGUUUCGCCCAAGGAGGUGGAAGAGAGACUUUGAAGGCUAUAAAUACUGCCAUCAAAAAUAAGAUUCCCUGCAUAGUGGUGGAGGGCUCGGGGCAGAUUGCUGAUGUCAUUGCCAGCCCUACUUGAGACUGAAGACUCCUGGCAUCAUCCACGGUCAGAAAGCUCAUCAAAUAUUUGCCCCGAACCAUUUCCCGACUCCCAGAGGAAGAAACUGAUUGGAUCCGAUGGCUCAAAGAAAUCCUCGAAAACCACCUGCUUACAGUUAUUAAGAUGGAAGAAGCCGGGGAUGAAAUCGUGAGCAAUGCCAUCUCCUAUGCUCUCUACAAAGCCUUCAGCACCAAUGAACAGGAGAAGGACAACUGGAACGGGCAGCUGAAGCUGCUGCUGGAGUGGAACCAGCUGGACCUGGCCAAUGACGAAAUCUUCACCAACGACCGAAGAUGGGAGUCUGCCGACCUUCAGGAAGUAAUGUUCUCAGCCCUGGUGAAGGACAGACCCAAGUUCGUCCGCCUCUUCCUGGAAAAUGGCCUGAACCUGAGGAAGUUCCUCACCAACGAUGUCCUCACUGAGCUCUUCUCCAACAACUUCAGCAGUCUUGUGUACCGCAACCUGCAGAUCGCCAAGAACUCCUACAAUGACGCACUCCUCACCUUCGUCUGGAAGCUGGUGGCAAACUUCCGAAGAGGAUACAGGAAGGAGGACAGGAGCAGCAGGGAGGAUCUGGACAUCGAGCUGCAGGAUGUAUCACCAAUCACAAGACAUCCCCUGCAAGCCCUGUUCAUCUGGGCCAUUCUGCAGAACAAGAAGGAGCUCUCGAAGGUCAUUUGGGAGCAGACCAGGGGGUGCACUCUGGCAGCCUUGGGAGCCAGCAAGCUGCUGAAGACCCUUGCCAAGGUGAAAAAUGACAUCAAUGCUGCAGGGGAAUCUGAAGAGCUGGCGAAUGAGUAUGAAACUCGUGCUGUGGAACUCUUCACAGAAUGCUACAGCAGUGAUGAAGAUCUAGCUGAGCAGCUCCUGGUGUACACCUGUGAGGCCUGGGGUGGCAGCAACUGUCUGGAGCUUGCCGUGGAAGCCACAGAUCAGCAGUUCAUUGCACAGCCAGGAGUCCAGAAUUUCCUUUCCAAGCAAUGGUAUGGAGAGAUAUCCCGGGACACCAAGAACUGGAAGAUCAUUCUAUGCCUGUUUCUCAUACCUUUGGUUGGCUGCGGUUUUGUCUCCUUCAGGAAGAAACCCAUUGACAGACAUAGAAGGAUCAUCUGGUCUUACCUGGCUUUCUUCACCUCACCAUUUGUGGUCUUCUCCUGGAACGUGGUCUUCUAUAUCGCCUUCCUACUGCUCUUUGCCUACGUGCUGCUCAUGGAUUUCCACUCCGUGCCUCACACGCCAGAACUCAUCCUCUAUGCCCUGGUCUUUGUCCUCUUCUGUGAUGAAGUGAGACAGUGGUACAUGAAUGGGAUUAAGUACUUUACAGACCUGUGGAACGAUGACACUCUUGGAUUGUUUUACUUCAUAGCAGGGAUUGUCUUCCGUCUCCACUCCUCUAACAAAACUCUCUGUAGUCGGGACGUGUCAUCUUUGUGCCUGGAUUAUAUCAUUUUCACUCAGCUCAUCCACAUUUUCACCGUAAGGCAGAAUUCUAGGCCCAAAAUCAUCAUGCUGCAGAGGAUGCUAAUCGAUGUCUUCUUCUUCCUGUUCCUCUUUGCGGUUUGGAUGGUGGCCUUUGGGGUGGCCCGUCAGGGCAUCCUGAGGCAGAAUGAGCAUCGCUGGGAAUGGAUCUUCCGCUCAGUGAUCUAUGAACCCGACCUGGCCAUGUUCGGUCAGGUGCCCAGUGAUGUGGAUGGUAACUAACGCUGCACCACAUAUAACCUUUCCCACUGCACCUUCACUGGGAAUGAAUCCAAACCUCUGUGUGUGGAGCUGGACGUACACAGGCGGCCCCGAUUCCCCGAGUGGAUCACCAUACUCGUGUGCAGCUACAUGCUCUCCCACCACAUCCUGCUUGUGAACCUGCUGGUCGCCAUGUUUGGGUAUGGGACGGGAACUGUACAAGAAAACAAUGACCAUGUGUGGAAGUUCCAGCGUUACUUCCUGGUCCCGGAGUACGGCAGCCGUCUGAACAUCCCCUUCCCCCUUUGGUCCUUUGCUUACUUUUACAUGGUGGUGAAGAAAUUAUUCAAGUGCUGCUGCAAGGAAAAGCACACGGAGUCGUCAGCUUGCUGUGUAACAAAUGAGGACAAUGAAACCCUGUCAUGGGAAGCUGUAAUGAAAGAAAACUACCUUGUGAAGAUCAACACCAAAGCCAAUGACAAUUCCGAAGAAAUGAGACACCGAUUUAGACAGCUUGAUACAAAGUUGAAUGAUCUAAAGGGACUUCUGAAAGAGAUUGCUAAUAAAAUCAAAUAAAUGAACACAAAACUCAACAGAAACCACCAACUGCAGGGACCAACUCUUCACAGAGACAUCUUGGGAUCGCUCUAAAUAUGAAAAGAUGCUGAGGACAUGAAUCACCCUUUCUGUAAUCAGAAAGACCCAAAGUGGCCCCAGCUGCUGAGUAACACUUCCUUCAGCUCAUGAGUGGAAGAAGGGGUUUUAAGGAGUAACCCUGGCCCAGCUGAUGUCUCCAAACACAGUGCCACAUGUUCAUCCAAGGAGAUGGACAUCAGGGAGGACAUUAUGUGUUUCUUCUUCCUCUUGACUCAACCUUGUCUCCUAGUCUGCUUCUCAGCAAGUACUUGAUUAGAUUUUCUUCUUUCAUGUUACAAUUUCCUAUUAUUGAAUAACCUGCAGACUCCUGGGUCUCCCGGGACAGUUCCUUAUCUAAGAGCUAGAUCAAGACUUUUUCUGCUGUUGGGUUAGUGAUGGUACAAUGGGAAUCAAAGGAACUGAAUUCAAACCCUGAUCCACUGCUUACUACUUGUGUGACCCUGGACAUGUCACUUAACCACUGUAGGCCUCAGUCUUCUCCUUCAAAUGUAACAUGUGGCUUGACCAAGAUGGCCUCUGAGAUCCUUCCCAGACCUAAACCUUGAGCUCUCCAAUCCUCUUGCUAGUGUGUUCCUGAUUGGCUCUCCCACCACACUCUCCUGCUUUACUCCUGAGCCACUCAUUUCAUCAGUGGUCCCAAGCCAGCACUCACAAGAGCCAUGUUGCUCAGUCCCAGAGUGGCUACUCUCAUUUUUGUGGAUCUCUCCCCACUAUUGAAGAUGACCAACAUACUAUGCCUUCUACAGUGAGAUUUGCAAGAAAUUCCCUACUGAAGGGAGAGGGGAUUCUAGGUCACGGCCCAGAAGGGCACUGAUUACUAUCAAAAUAUAUUUCCUAUCAAGGGAGGAUUUGAAGAUAGUUCUAAUUUGCUGAAUGGAAAAGCCAUGGUCUACUAGGCUGCGGUGGCAAUAGAAGAUGAAUAGAAGGAGCAGACAGUCAUUCCCUUCUGCUUGCUUCCCAUUCAGCCUCAUGAGAGAGCUCUCCUCCCAUGGGAUGAAUGCAAGCAUGAGGACAGAGCUGUUAGAAGUGCUCAAACAAAACACUCAACUCUUAGAUUAAAAGGGAAUAAAUGCAGUCAUCUCAUUACUGAGAGGUCUAGGGAACUGUACUGAGAAGGUAAUGCUAAGUCUCACUGUGAGUCAUUGUCAUACUUUCCUACUGUCUUCAGACCUCCCCAAGAAGUGCUGGUGUCUUGGCCUAAGAAAAAUGUGUGGAGAGUUUAUGGGGAAAUUAAAAAGCUGUACAGAUGUAAUUAUGGAGAUCAAACAUGGACAGUGGAGCCAUUUUGGUUUUACCCCCAAGGAAGCCUGACAAGGAAUCUGAUUUGAAGACAUCUACUUCAUGAUCUUAGGUGCUGAGGGUGGAUUAGAAGCAAAACUUGACAGAAUCAGCAACAAAAGCAGCAAUUGACAGGCCUUUCUAAGUUUUCCGAGUUAGUGAGGUGCUCUUUUGACCAAGAUUGUCAUGGUUCGCCUUUCCUCAGAGCAUUGUAGAUACCUACCUUUAUGACAAUACCAGAGUAGGAUUCUAGCAUCUUUAUCCCCUGACUCACCUAUCUUUAAGGCACUAGGCUGGGCAGUUGUACAGUAGAGCCCAGAGUAAAAACAGCUCCAGUUCCAAGGACUGGCUAACCUAGCUCUGUUUUAACAAAAUCAUGAAAUCAGAUGAGGGAGGCAACAGUCUUUAAAUUUUAUACUAGAAUGUAAGCUCCUUGGGGACAAGGACUUUGUGUAUGAAGGGGAGCAUGGUGUGGUGGAUAAAGUAGGCUUAGAGUUAGGAAAACCUGGAUUCACAUUCCACCUCAGCCAUCCACUAGAUGGUGUGGCCCUGGGCAAGCUCUUAACAUCACCUGCCUCAGUUUCUCUAUCUGUAACAUGAGGGGGGCUGGGUAUGAUGCUCCCUAAGGCUCUUUCCAGCUCUAAAUCUUAGAUCCUAUGCACCUACCAGAGUGCCUGCCACAUAGUAGACACUUAAUAAAGAUUUGCUAAGUUGGGUUGGGUGGAAUAUAUUCAUUGAUGUUAUUGCUGAGUCUCCUUCGCAAACUUCCAUUUUAAGUGGAGAAAUGGAUCAGUCACCAUGCAACCAGUGAGCAGCCCAAGACUAGAAUCACAAAAGAGUGUCCAUGUUUAGAUGGGAAAGCCUUCUUACCUUAUCAAAGGUGACCCCUAAUUUAGGGGACAUUAGGGAAGACACACUGGGGCAGACCUCAGGAUUCACUCAUGGGAGAAGAGCUCCUUAAAUGGGGUUCUGAACAGUUUCUACAUGCCCUGGCUUGUUUGUGGGAAAGUGCCAGCUUUUUAAAAUGUAGCUAAUAAGAUGACUCCACAAGCACUGCAAAGUAGCUCGAACCCAAGGUGCUAUGUUGGUCCCUAGGUAUGGUACAGAAUAUGCUCACGCGUACCUCGGUCCAACUACUGGCCAUAUAAUCUAACAAAAAAUAGAGUGCAG